AUCGAAGAAGCCAUCAAUCAGCUGUAGAAUUCUUUUGACUUCGCGCGCGCAACUCCACAUUUUGCCUGGAUCACUUGGCCAUUGAUAUCGGCUUGUUUGGCAGCGAUGGACUCUGCGACGGACAACAGACUUCCCAGACUACCGCCAGAGCUCAUCAAUCUCAUCCUAUCAGCAUUGUUCGAAAGUCUCCUGCCGAGAGCGUCUUUGGACCCUUAUCUGGCGGUAGACAGGGACGCAAGCACGGGCUAUAGUACUGGCAAUGUCACGCCAUCGAUCAACAGCCGGCCUUCCUACUCGACAGGCAGGAGAGGCUCCAUCGCGCCCGUCACGCUCCUAUCUCGGCCUAUCGACUCUUCUCCCGCUAUCUUUGCCCGUCUUAGCUUGGUCAAUCGGACCUGGUAUGGCGAGGCGCGCAAAUAUCUGUGGCGAGAGCUCCAUGUUGGCUUUCCCACGACGUUUGCCAAGCUCGUAGCCACGGUUGGCGUGCAGCAAGAGGACUCUGACGACGACGAAGAGGAAGCGGACUCGCCCGGGCCCCGAGGCCGUUCGUUACCCUCGACGCCAGAGAUACCCGGCACAGCAUCGACGAGCAUUCGGCGAGAGUCUCAGACUGCUUCGCCGGAAAGGUCACGCGGGCGCUCGCCAUCCAUGCGACGCAAGAAAGAUAUAGACGAGCCCAUCUGGCCAGUUCGCCAACGGUCAAGCUCCAGAGCACGCAGUCGCUCUGAAUCGCUUGAUGCUCGCAGAAUGCGUCUGAACCAGAAAGAUACACAGCAAUAUACCCCGCCAACCUCGCGAGAAGCAUCGCCUGCUCGCUUUCUCGAGGUUCCAAACCAAUCCAUAGAGAUGGUCAUGCAAGGUCUGCCCACCCCGCCCUUGGUAGCACUCGAAGAUGAUCAAAUCACAUUCGAGGAGGAGAAGCGACGCCACCAGAGCAAUCCGGGCCUGCACACGCAAAUGAUCUCCUUUGCUGCCUUCAGGACCCAUGGCAUGGCGCGCACCGGUGCCCAGGGCCAGCAUCAGCGCUUUGUGACCGCUACCCGACUUUUGAAUCUCCUUCGGUCCACACGCGAUCUCGGCUCACUCUUGGUCAAUCGCACCGAGAGGGAGGCAAUCUUAGCCAAGCUACUCGAGCCAAGGUCCCGAGCGCAAAGUGAACUCUUCGAGGAUUACUCGAUCGGUCACCUUACCGCCGUUGGAUUCUCCGAAUACCAGGAUUCGGCCAUCUCGGCGGAAGUACUGCUCGAGCUUCUGCUGCGAGGCGGCAUCGAAGCCGAAUAUGAAGAAUUACAAGGCGCAACGAUAAGCUGCAAUGUCGGCACGGACGUCGGUCUGCAUGCCACGCCACUUGAAGCGCUAGAUAUGUGUGGCUGUGUCAGCGCUCGGAUGAUCGAUGCAAUACAGGAACUCAUCGAGACAUAUCGUCUGGUCACUUUACAAGGCCAUGCUGGCGAUCAGCAGACUCGGCGUUUCACAUUGCUUCGAACACGCUUUCCCCAUCUCAAGCGACUCGGUAUGAGUCAUACCCUCUUACGACCUGCAUUAUUGGAAGCUUUUGUCGUUUCCUUCCCUAACUUGACGCAUCUCGAUCUCUCGCAUUCGAGAGCAUCAGCAUCUUUGCUGGAUGCACUCGGUCGAAUGCCGGGUAUGCGCUUGCGGUCGCUCAAUUUGGCAAGCUGCAAGGGGCUCACUUCGCAUUCGAUCGAGCGUCUCCUUGUGGGCUCAGGCCCAGAUCCCACCCCCGACGUGGUCACGGCGGAGCUUGUGGAGCUCAGUCUGCAUGGCGACGAAUCUACCCAUAGUCCCUUGACGGCCGCCGAUCUGCACCGCAUCCUCACUCUCGCGCCUUGUAUUCGCUCAGGUCGUCUGCGGGUCUUUGAUAUUUCCAGUACAGCCGUGACGGAUGCUGCGCUCCUGUCGAUGCCAGAUCAGCCGAGUCUGCUCGAUCUCGGCUUAGCACACUGCAUCUGGCUCACUCUGGACGGCGUGACCGACUUUCUCAGAGGUAAAGCGAGCAAUGUAGAGAUACUAGACGUUCGCGGCAGCUUCUUGGGUGCGCCCGUCAACCUCUUGGGCGCCCGCGCAGGCACAAUGCCUGUCAGCAAUCUCGGCAGGACAGAGAGCCCAAGCAGAAUUCCUCGAACGAGACCAUCGCUCGACGUGAUGGCUUUGCAUAGCAAGCUUAUCUUCCCGCUGUGUCAAACGCUUGGUACAUUCACGAAGGAAGACGACAGUCGAACUUACGUCCGACGAGUCUCACAUCUGCGCUGCGUCGAGCUCGAUGACACUACGCUUGAAGACAUCCAAGGCGGCGCUUUCGGUUUCGCUGUGGUCAACGGCCGCGGCAAGCGAGGCUGGUACAUCGACACAAGUGUGACUUCGAUACCGAGUCAUAUCGCCGAAGAUACCAGCCGACGAAGUCUCGUCAAGCUAGACUCGGAAAGCGACGUCACCCGGGCUCUGCGAUUUUUGUCAAGCUCACCUGGCAGCGCUUCGGCUGACAUCGGUUGGCAUGCUCAGAAGAGUUCAAUCUUGCGCGAUGCAGGGCUGCUUGGACGCGAUGCGGGUCUGUAUGCGUUCCACGCUUUCCAACAUCGCAAGGCUCGACGCCUGAAGAGACAGCAACGAGCUAGACUCGACACAUUCUUUACACCACUCGACGCAACUCCGCACAAAGAACACUAUGUCACACUGGCCCUGGCUGGCCUCGCAAGCACUUCCCUUGCACACACUGGCAGCUCGCACGCCAGCGGUCUCGAAGCGCGUGAGUUGCACAGACGCGCGAUCAAGGGACCGUUCAGCAAGCUGGUCGCCUCGAAGAAACUCACCAGCAAGCAAAAGGCAGCACAGCAGUUCUGUCGAGACUUCACUGGUACCUGCUACAAGACCUGCUUUGCGGGCAACUACGGCAAAGAAGUCUCUAUCGUGUUUGAAUGCCAGGCCGCUGGCAAUGGCUACGAUUUCGGCUGCUCUUGCAAUGGCAAGGACAAGACGAACACCGUUCUCAACAAGAUUGGCAAAGCUCACCUUACACCUCAGACUGUCCUCCUGACAACCUCGACCGAUACUGUCUCGUCUACCGCCACGACCACCGUCACUGAAGGUGUUCUCGUCAACAAUACGAAGCCUGUCACUGUGGAUGUAACCUCGACCGUCACUGUGCCAACGACCACAGUAGUCAAGCUCACAACCGUCACCGACGGUACGACGAUCACCAAAGAGGUCACGAAGACAGCUAUCACGCUGCCGACGGUGGUCUCGAAGCUCGUUGCGCCCGCCGUACUCGUCAAAUCUUCCAACACAGACAACUCGCUCUGCCUGGCAUUCACGGAUACUUGCAAAUCUCAAUGCCGAUAUGACGGAUCCCUCGCGGGUACGCUCACGUGCAAGAAGGGCUCCAACGGACACUAUGCGCUCAAGUGCAAAUGUCUCGACGGCAAGGACUUUACCCGCCAGGCACUUGCACAGGUCGAACACAAGAGCCCGCACAGCACGACGAUCCCCGUUGUUGGUACGACGACGGUCUUGCAGACCCAGAGCGUCACCGUCACGAAGGAUUACUACACCAACGUUGGCCCGACCGUCACUGAUGUUCAUCUCAAGACGGUCAAGAAAGGCGCUACCACCACGACGACGACUGUCUAUGCCAAGGCUACUCAUACCACGACGAGCACAACGAUCAUUGCUGCUGCCGCUUCAGGUGUCGUUCAACUGAGGACCUCGAGCAAGAAGCUUGGCUACAUCUCUGAGAAUUACUCGACCCGCAUGAACGGCAAGAAGUCUAGCUCACCAUUGCCCUUCUAUGGCACGACGACGAAGCGCAACUCUGCUCUGGAAGUCUUCUUUGCCAAGGUUGGCAACUCGAGCUACUACAACCUCAUGUCCAUCAACGGCGUUGAUCCCCGCUAUCCCGCACUGGGUGGCAUUGUGCCCCAUGGCAAUAGCGCGACAUUUGGUCCCAAGAAGCUUGGCUACGCGAUCCUGAGCGAUGUCGCGCCAAGCUCGGGUGAACCGUCAUCUGCUGGCAACGCUUACGCCGUUCCUUCACUCUCAGAAAGCGCGAUCUGGAAUGUCAGCACGAUCGGCCACACGCUUGCGGCUUCAUGGACCAACCCGGGCGGCAAGAUCAAGAAGACACAAGCUCUUUACGAUCCCAAGGAUGAUGCAAUCAUCAUUGCAGGCGACUACAAGACGUACCAUGCCCGAUAUCCUGGCUACGGCGUGCCCAUCACGCUCUCCUUUACGCCGUACCUGAACAGCAACUCGACAAAGUAGACAGCAGCACGUCAGAAGGGAGUCGUGUAAGCUCGAGAU